UUUUUCAAUCAGUAUUUUACGGAAUGCAAAGUUUGGUCACACCUUUUAUUUUUGCGCCGUCGCGGGCGUCCAUUCUUUUGUUUGGUUGUGAAAUUAAGAGUUGCCGGUUGAAACAUGGAAGCUUGGGAUCCCGAGAGAGAUGUGGUGUUGACGGACUCUGAGGAUGAGGAGGAUAUUGCUAUGAAAAGGGACUUCAAUGGUCGCGAUGCCAUACUCUUCGUUGUCGAUGCAAAUCUUGCUGCCGUGGCCGCUGAUGAAGAAAACAACGCAUCGAAACGCGCGCGUCUUAUGGAGGCCCUAAAUAUUAUACGCAGCGCAUUUAUAUCGGGCAUGUUGGUGAAAGACAAGGAUCUGAUGGGUCUAGUAUUCGCCAAUACAGAACACCAACCCUUGCCGCAAGAAGCCAGCUGCCUGGACAAUAUUGUGUUGCCUGCCAAUUGCGCCGUUUUUCUCCCAUUACGCCAGCUGACCAAACCAAUAGUGGAGCAUUAUCUGGAGUUUCUGGACACAGCGGACACACAUUUCGCGGGGGACUACGGCCUGGCCGAGCCGGAUGGACGUGGCAACUUCGCGAAUAUGAUUCGUCUGUGCAUUGAUCUGCUGGAAAAGUGCGGCAAAAAGCUAAACAACGCCAAAAUCGUGUACAUGACAGAUGUGCAGGAGCCCGUCGAUCCAUCGAGUAAUGAGUUCCAGGCUGCUGUGCAAAAAGCCAAAGAUCUGGAGGGAAAGGAGUUCGAAUUUCAUGUCAUACCCAUGGUUGAUAACUUCGACUAUGAGCCUUUCUACAAGGAGUUCAUAAGCUUGUCCCGUGAUAUCGAACCGGAUGCCUUUCAAGUGCCAGAUGCGAAACAGCUGCGUGAAUUGCUUGAGGAUCGCAAACUGAAGCAGGACUUUUUGCGUCGCUGUCUGGGCCACUUCAGUUUAUCAUUGGGCCCCGAUCUGAACAUAUCCGUGCAGUAUUACAAUUACUUUCUGCGCCGGAAUUACCCGAAGAAGGUAAAAAUCUUACGUCGUGACAAUAGCUUGGUGCAAACCAAACGCUCCAUAAUGGUGCGAAAGAAAGAUGCAGAGUCAAAUGAAGUAACACACGAGUAUCAAAUCAAGAUGACGGGAGGCUGGCACGAGAUCAAGUUGGGCGAUAUGAGUUUACGCAUCACCACAGAGCAGUUCAAUGGCGUGCGAAACAUGCAUCCACCGGGCAUGAUGCUUUUGGGUUUCAAGCAUCGCUCCUCGCUCUCCGGAAUGUUGUAUAGCAAGCCAUCCAACUUCAUGUACCCCGAUGAUCAGAAAAUCAUUGGUUCGCGGCGCCUGUUUCGAGCACUUUGGCAACGUUGUUUAGAGCGUGAGAAAAUUGCCAUUUGCUUGUUUAUGUCGAAGCGAAAGUCAACACCGCGGUAUGUAGCAUUGGUGCCUGUGGAGGCAGAUGACACGGAAUCAGAGCAGAGCUAUCGCUCUCGAAUAUCUGGCGAUGGAUUUAAGAUUGUCUAUUUGCCGACAGAGAAACAAAUACGCCAGAUUGAUUGGACCGAGUGGAAUAAUGUUGCCAACACAGCGACCGAAGAAGGCAUCGACUUAUUCCAAAAGAUAAUCAAGAGGCUGCGCGUUAAUGAAUAUCAGCCCUAUUGCUAUAGGGAUCCCCAUAUGGAUGAGCUGCAAAAUAAUUUAAUGGCGCUGGCGUUGAACAUAAAGAGCGAAACUGAGACAAAUGUAACGGAUACGAAAGUGCAGGACGAGCGUCUUUCGAAGUUUUGGGAUGACUAUGACAGCAUAUUUGGGCCCGAAGAAGCGCCGGCCAAAAAACGUACAGCCAAGUCAACGGCCGAGGGAGCGAGUGCGCCCAAGCUGGCGAGAGUAGAUGAUGCUAAUAUCAAAGACUAUGAUUUUGUUCAGCAGCUGAUCAAGGAUGAUAAAUUAAUUGGUUGCACUGCCAAUCAAUUGCGUACUAUUCUCAAGGAACACUUCCAAGUCAAGAUGCCAGCCUCAGCCAAUAAAUCCGUGCUCGUGGAGCGCAUUGUAGCCUUGAUGAACGAUUAAACCAGUCUUCAAAGUGCUGUGCAAAAAUUGUAUAAACAACUACAGAUACCCCAAAAUAUUAAAUGGGAGCUUGUUAAACUGUUAAAAAUUAUGUCCCAUAACAUUAGGCUAAGCUAAAGUAUUUUUAUACACAUUAUGCAAUUAAAUUAGAAAGCUGUUGUACCAAAAUUUGUGGAGAAUAUUUGAGAAUCUUUCGAGUAACUGAAAAGGCAACAAACAGAACAGAAAAUAAGUUGUUAAACAGCUUAACUAUAAAAUAUAGCUUCAAUUUCUAAAUUGUUUUCAUUCGAAAAAUGCUGCAUUGAUUAUUGUGCCAUUUCCGUUAAAAACCUGUUUUCAUUUUGUGAUACCAGCUGUUAAAAAUAUAAAAUUAGUUAGUUGAGAAUAUUUUAUACAUUUGUGGGUUUCGAUUUAAAAAGCCCUAAGAAUAGAGGAAGGAAAUUUAUAAAAUGAUUAAAAUUUGUUAAUAACAUGAUUAUGCUCAUUUUAUUGUUAAAAUUCAAUAUGAAAUAAAAAUAUUAAUAAACAAAUGAAA